ACUUCCUUCAGACAAACGAGGAUGUAAAAGGUAAACAAACGACUUACUAUGGCUUGCUAGCAACAUAGUGAAACCUCUCCAAAAUGUACUUAAAGUGCAAAUUAAAGUGAAAGACAGUUAAUAUAAUUGCACUGGACAUUGUGUGAAGCUUUACUGAAGCAAAGCGGCCAUCAAGAAGUUUCUCAUGAGUUGUACUUUUAGCUGUUGUGCCACGUAAACCUUACAACGUUACUGUAAAGGAGGUGGUUGAUGCAGCGAUGGAGCAGAAGCUCGCAGAGUUCAGAGCCAGAAGACGGGCUGAAAAUGUCGUUAAAAAAACUGUAGCGGACACAACUCCUCAGACUGAAACAACACCAACAACUGACACUCAGCAGACAGAAGAUAGCAGAGAGUCACCUCAGAGCUCCCCAGACAAGGACCGUAGUGACUGGCUGCUGGACAGCGCUCUGGGAAGGUGGCUGGCUUCGAGACAGUUUGUCUUCUCAAACCUUAUUCUACUUAAAGUGCUACUGUGGCUGGUGCUGCUUGGUCUCUUUGUUGAACUGGAGUUCGGCCUGCCUUUCUUUGUCAUCUCCCUCUUCUACUGGCUCUAUGAAGGACUCCGUAGCCCAGCUCCCCGUGAGCCUGGAGAGCUGAGUGCUUAUUCUGUCUUCAACCCAGACUGUCAGCCUCUGCUGGGCUCUCUCACUGCAGAGCAGCUUGAAGGAGAGAUGGGUUACAGACCUCUGGCUAACAGAUGAAAUGCUUGUGAUUUGCACAUUUAUAUUGAAAUUUUCAGGAAUAUUUAAGGACUUACAAUCGUAAUUUCAAUUUAUUAUUUCUGUACAAAAAAUUAAGUUGAGAUUGGUCUACUAAUCUUCACUGCCACUUAGUGCACAAUAUAAUAGAUGACAUGUUCUUAAUUAUGAUUAGAAAAUCUUUCUUUCUUUUCUUUUUUGAGCCUUAACCUCAAUUUCCUGUAUUGAUUAACAUGGGUUUGAUUGAAAAAUGUGGGAAUGAUAUUGAGGAGUGAUAUUUGAAUAAACAAAAGGAUAAGAUGCUUUUUAUUUACAUGAAAACAAAGUUUACUGUCAACGAACGGCUUCCUAAGUUUAAUAAAGAAUUUGUAAGCAUCAAGCAGUAAUGCUUCUUGCCUCUAGGCAAGGUGUUUCAGGAAAAUAAGUUAUGUCUAAUUGAAGAAAUGUUAAUGUAAAUGUAUGUAAAUAAUAUUAUGUAAAUAAAUGGGACUGGAUUAAUAAAAGUAAGGCUC